GUUUCACUUGGAGGUCCCUUCAAUCUCCUUCCUAUUCAUGACUUCAUCUCUUUCCCCCACUUAUUUAUCUCGAACUUUUUAGGUGUAAAAUCUUCCCAAGCGAUCGUCUUCUUUGUUCCUCUGCUCUUUUAUGGCGGGAACCAACGGGCAGCUCUGAGCAGUCUGGGUGUUCGUUUGUAUCAAAGAUAGGUGGAGAUACUGAAUUUUAAAGAUAAUUGAAUGGCAAAUUCAUCUGGGGACCGUCAAGAACAAGCGAAUCAAGGGGCGUCCACUUUCUUCACUGGAACGAACCCCACCAACGGCAAUCUGGCAUCCGAUUGUUCUGCUUUUAGUAUGAAGCACGAUCCCGGUAUCUCAAUGGAGUGGACAGUAGAGGAGCAGGUGAUUCUUGAAGAAGGGAUUAAAAAAUAUGCAUCAGAACCAUCUGUAAGUCGUUAUGCAAAAAUAGCCAUACACCUACCAAAUAAGACUGUGCGAGAUGUGGCAUUACGUUCUAGAUGGAUGACUAAAAAGGAAAUUAACAAAAGAAGGAAGGAAGAAUAUAAUUUAAGCAAGAAAGGCAGAGAUAGAAGGGAAAGAGUUCUCAAUUCUUCAGCAAAGUCAUCUCACUUUGGUUCUCAUGUUCCACAUGGUUCAACAAUGAUUCCUCCGAACUUUGAUGAUGGUAUUUCAUACAAAGCCAUUGGUGGUGUUACAGGAGAGCUUCUUCAGCAGAAUACCCAGGCCAUCAAUCAAAUAUCUGCAAAUAUUGCAGCUUUGAAGUUAGAGGACAACAUCAAUCUCUUCUGCCAAAUUCACAGCAACAUCCUCAAAAUUAUGAACAACAUGAAUGAGCCGUCCGACUUUAUGAGGCAGAUGCCACAACUUCCAGUAAAAUUGAACGAAGAGCUUGCCAACAUCUUCCUUCCUCCUCCAACAACCUUUCCCCCAUAAUCACAAUCCUUACUCUUCACUCUUAUCCAAGCCUUCUGAUUAUACUUCCCAUAACACAUCUCUGGUGACAUACUCGGCGCCCCAGCCUGAGCCACCUCAAACCCAACAGUGAAUGGAGCAAGAAAAUAACUAAAGUACUAUUCUCUUUCUCCCAUUCCUUGCAUGCGCCAGUUCAAUCAAAAAAUUUUGCUCCAUCUUAUGUUUGUCCUCUAGAUUGCAUUUUUGUGAAUGUCAGAGAUUAAAAUUAGCAAUUCGCCCACUAAAUUCUCUCGACCUUGCAUUGAAGGACUGUAAAUUUCAUGGUUAAUGGUUUCCUUUAUUAUUGAAGAAUCAAUUUUCUACAUAAUUUUCUUCCUCUCCUGACUUCCACCAUUUUAUGCAUGAGAAUUCAAGUUUAGACAUAUGAGCUUUGAAGGGUCUAAGGUUUUGUUCUGAAGGUGUUUGAAUAAAGUCCUGUACCAACCCAUCUUAGAGUUUUGCGGACAUGUUUCAUUUAUAAGAGUUGGGUAUUGAGGAUUCUACAGGGCUUUCAAGGGAAGAUUAAUGAAGUUGCAGAGAAGUAGCCAUUGAAGCACUUGUUGAAGCUCCUCUCUGAGAAACUUGAUUGGAGUUUGGCCGAUAACCAACAUUCCCCUGUAUACUCCGGGUGAGUUUAUUGGUGAUAUACAUGUUAUUGUCUUCCUAUCAAGCAAUUUCCUUUCCUUUUCUUCACCAUUUGAUCAUCUCCUUUUCAUCUUUGCUGCUAUUGCAGCAAGUUGAACCUUCCCCAGGUCUUGUUUGCU